AUGAAGGUGUGGGGAUCUCAAUCGGAGUAUGUAGAAGCAAUGACAGAGUUGUAUGCUUUGAGGCUUGCUAGAAGGAUGGGAUACAAGAACAUAUGGGUGGAGUGUGAUGCUGUGAAUGUGGUCAACCAGGUGAACGCAAGUACCAGGGGUCUCUCUCCUUUAUUUGUUAUUUAUGAUGACAUUAAAAUUGACAGAGCUUGGUUCGAUAGUUGUAUUGUUACUCAUGUUAAACGUUCUUGUAACACCGUUUCUCAUCUUGUAGCUAGAUGGGAUACAAUGAAAGAAUUGGGUUGUGGUUUAGAGGUGCAACUUGUGGUGCAACGAGGUGAGCGCGAUAUCAAGUUACAUGAAGUGAUUAGGGUUCUUGAGGAAAAAGGGGCUGAAGUCGUCAAUGCUACCUUCUCGACUUCGGGGAACAAUGUCUUCCACACUCUCCAUGCUAGGGCUCGGAGUUCAAGGAUUGGAGUAGAGACUUCUAGAGUGCAGGAAAGGUUGCAAGAACUUACGUAG